AUGGCCGAACUAAAGGCAUUGUUAGCCGAAAGAAGGCAACUUAAAUCUAGUUUAACACGGUUUAAACACUUUUUAGAGAAACAAAAUUCGUCAGAACAAAUUGCGCUGUCAGAAUUAGACGUUAGAUUGUCUCAAAUUCAAGAUCAUUUAAAGAAAUUUGAAGAUAUACAAUUAAAAAUUGAAAUUUUAUCAACAGAAAACGAGUCGAGCGAUGUUUUAGAGGAUAUUAAUGAACGGGAUUCUUUUGAGAGUAACUUUUAUUCAGCGAUAAGUUUAGCUACUGAUAUUUCAAAUCAAUGUAGAAUAACUGAACAAAAUCAUGAACAUUCGAUCACUGAUAAUGAUAUACGUACGGUUGAUAAUAAAGUAUUUGAUAAUUUACAGCAAGUAAGACUUCCUCAGUUAAACUUACCUACUUUCAAUGGAGAUUAUAGUGAAUGGUUAUUUUUUCGAGAUAGUUUUAAAUCUCUAAUACACGAAAAUGUAAGUUUAGAUAUAAUUCAGAAAUUUCACUACUUAAGACUUUCACUUAAGGGCGAAGCUGCACAAGUUGUGCAAUCGUUAGGCGUUUCGGCAAAUAAUUAUGACACAGCUUGGUCUCUAUUAAAUGAGCGUUAUGAAAACAUACCCUUACUUGUCGGAAAUCAUGUACGUGCUAUUUUUAAUUUACCUAAUCUAAAUGAGGAAUCUCACGUGGGGCUUAGACAAUUAUUAGAUGGUGUCACACAACAUACUAGGGCGCUCGAAGUUUUAGGCCAACCUGUGAACUCUUGGGAUACUUUGUUGAUUCAUAUUUUAAUUUCAAAAUUAGAUGGUGUUUCUAGAAGAGCUUGGGAAGCUCAAAAUAGUUCUAAUGUUUUGCCUACUUUUCGCGUGUUCAAAGAAUUCUUACAAGAAAAAUGUCGUCAAAAUAGAUCAUCUGUCACAAAUCCUCCUCAGGGUAAUGAAAGUCAUGCUUUUCAUAGUUAUAAAGAUUCAAAUAGUAUUUUACUUUCGACUGCUAUAGUCCAAGUCACAGAUAAUCAAGGUAAAGUCCAUGAAUGCAGAGCUUUGUUAGAUAGCGGUUCAGAAUCCAACUUCAUAACAGAAAAAUUGUGCAACACAUUAAAUUUGCCUAGAACUCUUACAGAUAUCACUAUAAACGGGAUAGGCCAGUCUGCUUCUCAAAUUAUUCAUAGAGUUUCCGUAAAUAUGCAAUCACGUUUAAAUAAUUUUAAAGUAGAACUUCCAUGUCUUGUUAUUAAAAACAUUACUAAUAAAAUUCCACAAACUUAUUUCGAUAUCGAAGAACUUCAAAUUCCUAAAAAAUGUGCACUUGCUGAUCCUGCAUUCAACAUGCCAUGUCAGAUUGAUAUUUUGUUAGGUGCUCAAAUUUUCUGGGAUCUUGUUUGUGUAGGACAAAUUAAAUUAGGCAAAAAUUACCCAACACUUCAAAAAACUCAUUUGGGCUGGUUAGUAGCGGGCACUAUACCUAGUUCUAUGUCAAAUAUUUCAUCAUGUAACUUUUCUCAUUUAUCUAAUGAUUUAAAUGAUUCUCUUAAGAAAUUCUGGGAAAUUGAACAUUGUCCAGGUACUCAAAUUAUUUUAUCUAACGAAGAAAGAGCUUGUGAAAAACAUUUUGCCCAAAAUACAAAGAGAAACUCAGACGGACGUUUUAUAGUUAGUUUGCCAUUAACGAAUUCUUCUGAUAGAAUUGGAGAUAAUAGAGCAAAUGCUGUCAAGCGCUUCUAUAAUAUUGAAAAAAGAUUUCAACGUGACCAAAACUUAUUUAUUGAGUAUAAGGCUUUCAUAGACGAAUACAUAAACUUGAAUCAUAUGACUAAAAUUGUUGACAUGCCUGAACCUGGUGAAUAUUUUUUGCCUCACCAUUGUGUUUUCAAGGAGUCCAGUACGACUACUCGACUAAGAAUUGUAUUCGAUGGUAGUUGUAAGACAAAUACCGGGUUAUCUUUAAAUGAUAUUAUGAUGGUAGGUCCAACGAUCCAAGAAGACAUUUUUGCUAUUCUUUUGCGUUUCAGAAUCUUUGAUAUAGUAAUAAAAGCUGAUAUAGCAAAAAUGUAUCGGCAGGUACUUGUUUCAGAAUCUGACAGAAAACUUCAAAAGAUAUUUUGGCGUAAUAAACCAUCAGACCAAUUAGAUACUUAUCAGUUGAACACCGUAACAUAUGGUACAUCAGCAGCAGCAUUCCUAGCCAUUCGAUGCUUAAACCAAUUAGCUUACGAACAUAAGGAAUCUCAUCCUGAAGCUAGUGAAGCUAUACUAAAAUGUUUUUAUGUUGAUGACCUGCUUUACGGUGGAACAAACAUUUCUGAUAUUAUAAGAGUAAAAAACGACAUAAAUGCGAUUCUGCAGAAAGCUGGAUUUGAGCUUAGAAAAUGGGUAUCAAAUGACGAGCGUGUAUUUCAACAAAUUAAUAAACCAAAGGAUUGUACUCUAGGUGAGCAUGAAAACUCAAAAACUCUUGGUUUGAAAUGGAUUCCUGCAGAAGAUCAACUAAGCUUUGAAAUCGGUAACUUUGAUGAAGAAAAACCUGUUACGAAACGUACAAUAUUGUCCAUGACUGCUCAAUUGUUUGACCCUCUAGGACUAUUAAGCCCAGUAAUUAUUAUACCGAAGGUUAUGUUACAAAGACUAUGGCAAGCGAACCUGCACUGGGAUGAAUCUGUUCCUCUAGAGUUUCAUACAAGAUGGUUAAGCUUCAGAAAUGAGCUAAUGGAACUUGCCAAUCUCAAGAUACCUAGGCAUGUAGUAUGUACGCGAUUGAAAAUAGUACAACUACAUGGAUUUUCAGAUUCAUCGGAACAAGCAUACGGUGCAUGCGUAUAUUUAAGAACAGUCGAUGUUGAUGAUAAAGUUCUCGUUAAUCUAUUAUGCUCUAAGAGUAGGGUAGCGCCUGUGAAAAUUAUUUCUAUACCCAGAUUAGAAUUAUGCGCAGCUGUUCUACUCGCAGAACUAACACAAAGGGUAUUUCAGGCUCUUAAUAUGGAUAUUCAGAGUGUACACUAUUGGUGCGAUUCUAAAAUUGUUUUGUCUUGGAUUUCAGCUUCAGCGCACAAAUGGAAGACAUUUGUCGCAAACAGGGUAGCAAGAAUUCAAGAGCUGUCAAACCCAAAUGAAUGGCAUUAUGUACAUACGUCUGAUAAUCCUGCAGAUCUUAUUUCGAGGGGUUUAAAUCCAAAACUCUUGAUUAAUACUCAUUUAUGGUGGAAUGGUCCAUCAUGGUUAAGGUUAAAUACAUGUGAUUGGCCUGCAUAUAGCCAUAAAAUUGACAAUAUACCGGAAGAAAGGUUUAAUCGAGAUAGAAAAAACGAACGUAUUACCGGUCCUUUAUCUGUGAAGGAAUUAAAUUUUGCAUUAAAACGUAUUGUACUUUUGGUACAACUACAAGAAUUUUCACAGGAAAUAGAUGACCUUAAACGCUCUGGAAGGGUUAAUGUCAAGAGUAAGCUGUUUUCUUUAAAUCCUUUCUUAGAUGAUGGAAUAAUAAGAGUCGGUGGACGUAUUAAGCAUUCAAAUUUUAAUCUUGAGAAAAAACAUCCAGCUGUUUUACCAUCUAAACAUAAUUUUACCAUUUUGCUUAUGAAUUAUGAACAUUUUAGAUUAUUACACGCACCACCUAACUUAUUAUUAGCAUCCAUAAGAGAAAAAUUUUGGCCAUUAAGUGGACGUAGCCUCGCAAAAGGAAUAGUGCACGAUUGUAUGAAAUGUUUUAGGUUUAAUCCAACGCAAUCAAAAUAUUUAAUGGGCGAUUUACCUUCUACUCGAUUAAUGCCCACGAGACCAUUUUUAAUAGCUGGUUGUGAUUAUGCCGGACCCUUCUUAUUGCGCGAUCGCAGCACUAGAAAUUUUAAAUUGACUAAAUGUUAUAUUUGUCUUUUCAUUUGCUUUUCAACUAAAGCUGUCCAUUUGGAACUGGUGAGCAGUUUGUCUACCGAAAUUUUCUUAUCAGCCUUACGUAGAUUUUUUGCAAGACGCGGGAAAUCUCAAAUAAUAUAUUCUGAUCACGGUACCAAUUUCCAAGGUGCAAAAUCAGAACUUUAUAAAUUUCUAAUGAAUAAGACGGUAGAAAACGAUAUUAAAACCAAGCUAUCAAAUGAAUCUGUUAUGUGGUCUUUCAUACCACCACGUGCUCCACAUUUCGGUGGAUUGUGGGAGUCUAAUAUAAAAUCGCUUAAAUCGCAUCUUAAAAGAAUUAUCGGGGAACAAUCCUUGACAUACGAGCAAUUUUCUACAGUGCUUUGUCAGGUUGAAGCAUGUCUAAAUUCCCGACCCCUUUCACCACUUUCAUCCGAUCCCAACGAUUUGCUUCCUAUCACCCCGGCCCAUUUUCUGAUCGGAGAAACACUUAUGAGUCAACCAGAACCGGAUUUGACAAAUGUCAAAGAAAACUUACUGUCAAAGCUGCAGCAAUGUCAACAGAUGGUUCAGCACUUUUGGAAUCGAUGGUCCAAGGAAUACAUAUCGGAGCUGCAGAUCAGAUCAAAGUGGAAGCAAUCUUUUCCCAACGUCAUAAAGCCUGGUAUCCUUGUAAUUGUCAAGGAAGAUAAUACUCCUCCUCUAAAGUGGCAACUUGGAAGAGUGGUAGGAGUGCACCCUGGAGCCGAUAACGUUAUUAGAGCCGUAUCUAUUAAAACGUCAAGGGGAACCAUACAAAGACCAGUCAUGAAAAUUUGUGUCCUACCACAACACUGUCAAGCAGAGAAGGUUGAAGCCUGA